AUGAAUGUGGGCGUUUUGUGCAGCAGCCUAGGGGGUCGCAGAGAAAGAGGGGGGGGGUGCUCUUGCAAGUGUGACCCGCCCUCAGUCAAGGAGUCAAGUCCCUCAGUCAAGGAGGCAAGUCACCCGCCCUCAGUCGAAGAGUGGUCGUUCUCUGAAACCGCCGGAUUUUCCACACCAUCGAGUUUUAUCACACCAGCAGGUCGUUUCAUCACACUAUCUGGUCGUUUCACCACACCAUCAGGUCCUUUCAUCACACCAGUCGCUUUAUCAACACCAGCAGGUCGUUCCAUCACACCACCGUCCUUCCGCCACACCAUCAGGUCAUUCCAUCACACCAGCAGGUCGUCCGCCACACCAGCAGGUCGUUCUAUCACACCACGUCCUUCCGCCACACCAGCAGGUCGUUCCAUCACACCAGCAGCGUUCGUUCCAUCACACCAGCAGUCGUCCGCCCACACCAUUAUCACACCAGCAGGUCGUUCCGCCACACCAGAAGGUCGUUCCAUCACACCAGCAGGGUCGUUCAUCACACCAAGCAGGCGUCGCCAACACCAGCAGGUCGUUCCAUCACACCGCAGGUCGUCCGCCACCACCAGGGUUCGUUCCAUCACACCAGCAGGUCGUUCCAUCACACCAGCAGGUCGUUCCAUCACACCAGCAGGUCGUUCCAUCACACCAGCAGGUCGUUCCAUUCAACACCAGCAGGUCGUUCCAUCACACAACACCAGCAGGUCGGUAUCCACACCAUCAGGGUCGUUUCCAUCACACCAUUCCAGGUCGUUCCAUCACACCAGCAGGGGGUCGUUCCACCACACCAUCAGGUCGUUUCCAUCACACCAUCAGGUUCGUCCAUCACACCAGCAGUUCGUUCCAUCACACCAGCAGCGUCGUUCCAUCACACCAGCAGGUCGUUUCCAUCACACCAGCAGGUCGUUCCAUCACACCAGCAGGUCGUUCCAUCACACAGCAUCAGGUCGUUCCAUCACACCAGCAGGUUCCAUCAGUUCCAUCACACCAGCAGGUCCAUCACACCAGCAGUCGUCCGCCACACCAGCAGGUCGUCAGCUUCCCAUCACACCAGCAGGUCGUCCGCCACACCAGCAGGUCGUUCCAUCACACCAGCAGGUCGUUCCAUCACACCAGCAGGGUCGUCCAUCACACCAGCAGGUUUCGUUCAUCACACCAGCAGGUCGUUCCAUCACACCAGCAGGUCGUUCCAUCAGCACACACCAGCAGGUCGUUCCAUCAACACCAGCAGGUCGUUCCAUCACACCACCAGCAGGUCGUUCCAUCACACCGUCAGGUUCGUUCCAUCACACCAGCAGGUCGUUCCAUCCACACCCAGCAGGUCGUUCAUCACACCAGGCAGGUCGUUCCAUCACACAAGCAGUCGUUCCAUCACACCAGCGUCGCAGUCGCGCCACCAGCAGGUCGUUCCAUCACACCAGCAGGUCGUUCCAUCACACCAGCAGGUCGUCCGUCUCCCGCUCACGUCACACCGUUGAUAAACAUCGCGGAACGCCGAGGCAGAACGGGUGA